AUGUUUUCGGCCGUUGGCCUCUUCAUAUUACUUUGGUUAUCGCCAACAAUACCAAGGAUACGAGCUGAGAAUGGUGAGUCUUUUGUUGUUCUGCCGUUUAGGUCCUUGGUUUUCACUUCAUAACAUUUUUGGGAUAUUAUACUAGGCAUUUGAUGUUGUCGCCGCAAAAGGGGAGAAAGUUGGUUGAUUGCGGCCUUGACUUUUUUUGCUAAUGAGACUUCUCGGCAAAUGACAUUAUAAUUGAUCUUUUUUCUCGAGAUUUCCCGAUAAAAAACCCUUCAUUUUUGGCUGCAACAAAAUUAUAUUGUACUUGACGAAUUUUUGGUGUUUUCUUGCGAAAGCUCGAUGAAAUAUUCAUCCUCUCGGAUUGGGAUCGCCGUAACCUUGUUAUUGGGUUAGCCCCUCGUCUUAUCUGCCGUUAAUAUCAGGGUUCCCAUCGCCCGGCUACCUGUUUAAUGCACUCAAGAGGAUCAUAUUUUAAAACCCGUGUAGUUUCUCUCCCCUAUCACCGUAGCCAUCUAUGCCCCUUUGUAAGUCAUUUUUACGGCCAAUCCUUCAAAUCGAAGCGUGGGAGAAGUCAUCAGAGAUUUCGGCUUUACAAAUAAUAUUGAUCAAGUGUAAUAUAAUUUAUUGGCCUGAAACCUCAUUAUCUUGGCCAAAAGUCGUUGCGGAAGGGAAAAACCACCUCAUCCGUCAUUCCGAGAGCGGUUUAACGACCUCCAACUGCGAACUUGAGGGCGUUUUUUGCAUAAGACAUCCAUCCAUUUGUUAUAUGCGGUUUAUCCGCUUUUCAGAGAGAGGUUUUUUGAUUGGCACGGGUCGGAUCUGACCGAGAGACUGCUUAGUCCAAGGAGAAUUCAUAGAAAAUCAAGAAUCCAGAUCGUAUUUUGGAAAAAUCUAAAAUUUUUGGUACAAUUUAUAUUGUUUUAGGUGAUAAAUGCAAAAUUUCUUGAGGAAAUAUUAGCGUAACUGAAUUUGACAGUUGCAUGGAGCUUUAUUAGACAUAAAAAAGUUACUGACGUGUCUUUGAGCCAAAAAAUUACAUCACAAAGCAAAAAUUUCGAAGAUGGGGUAUCACUCGGAAAGAUGAGCUCAUAUCUUUGGGUAAUCAACUGUCGCCGUGGAGAUCUAGGUGUCAAAAGAAAGGUGUUGGGGUGUUAUUUAAUUUGAGGAACAAUGGGGUUUGAGGUUCUUUAUAAUCUGGCGAAAUUAAGAACUUUUGUCAUAGGUGUGUAGUAUAAUAUAAAUAUUGGUUAGUUUUUGGUGAAAUCAUGUUUUUUAGUCAAAUUCUGAUUUUCUAGGGUAUUCAUGGCCUCUUCUUUGAUUCUAGAGUUCAACGGAGCCUUGGCUCUUCAAAAAAUUAUAUUUGUUACCUAAACCUUAUCUAAAGUAAUAUCAACUCACUAAAGUAAUAUCUUUGGGCCUAGACCCUCUAAUCCGCUUGUGUUUGCCGAAUCUUGCUCAAACACCGCCACAGUUGGUCCCGAUUUUCGCCUCGGAUUGAGUGAAUGUUUCUUUUUUUUGUAUUCCUUUUUUGAUUGUGCCGCUCUCGACAAACAUUCGGCGUCCAAAAAUGUUUCGUUUUUUUCUGAGGUGAGGCGGUAAAAUCAAGAGACUCAACAAGAACAAAGCAAAUACCAGCGGCUGUAAGAGAUAUUUCAGCGAGGAAUUAGGAGGGUUAGGGGAAAAUUGGAGAUUUUUUUUGAUAUUACACAUGACAUUAGAGGUUAUUUUGAAAUUUUGGAGAUUCGAGAUGGUUUAGGAUGAAUUUUUUGGUAAUUUUAGGUAGUGAUGGAUUGAAGAUUAAAUUCUCUAUGAUGUUUUGAUUUCAACUUCCGCUGAAUUGGCCUUUUUUGGCUCUAAAUCAGCCUUAUAUUCAACUUGAUGCAUCAAAAAAAAUUUUUAUCAAAAAAACAUUAGCGCCAGUUUUAUCAAUCUUUUCUCAUGAUGAUUAGCACAAAUACAUCUAAAAAACAAACAUAAUAUUGGUUAUGAGGUCAAUGGCGCGAUGACACAUCAAAAAAUUACCAUUUUUAUCAAAAGGAUGAGAUAAAUUUAGAGAAAAUAAGUGAAAAUCAAGGAAAAAAUUUUACUACAAUACAAAAAAAUUACAUUGAAUGAUGUUUUGCAGACAAACCUGUAAUCAGAGAGCAUCCGCUCGAUGUCUUGGUCGACAAAAAUGACCCCGCUACCCUUCGAUGCAACGUCACCGGAGACAACGUAAAAAUCACUUGGUAUAAGGACGACCAACCUGUAAAUAUUGGAAACGCUGCGCAUCGACUUAUCUUGCCAAAUGGAUCGCUGUUUUUGCUUAGAGCUGAUCAUGGUGAGAUUUUUUGGGGGUUUGUUGAAUUUAGGGACCUGAUGUUCAAGGGUAAUAUAAUAGGUGGAAAUGAUAUCGAAGCUGCUUUGAUAUUAGCUUAGAAUGUCAAAAUUGGAUUCAUUUUGUGAUUGAGUUGUUUAUAAUGACAAUUUUUGAGGGUUUAUAUUAUCCAUGACCAUAUUGUUUUAUGCAAUUAUGAAUACUAUAAUUUUUGAUUGAAAAUCUGUUUUUUUGAAUUUAUAAUAAGCCGAAUUAUGUCUUUCAGACCUCGGCACAUAUCACUGCACAGCAUCGAAUGAUCACGGCGAAGUGAGCUCUCAAUCCGCUCAUGUCCGACAAGCCAGUCUUCGAGAAGAAUUUAGAGUUCGCCCUCAUAAUGUGAACGCGGUUUUGGGCCAAAAAGCCAUCCUCGAAUGCUCACCACCUCGAGGAUUCCCAGAACCUUCAGUGAGCUGGCGAAAAGAUGAUGAGCCCUUGGAGGAUGACCGAAGAUUUCAACUGGAUCCUAGUGGAAAUUUGGUCAUUGAAAAUGCAAGUGAAAUUUGACUUUUUUUUGAGUGGAUUUAGGAUCUACAAGGAUUAGAGGCCAUUUGGAUAUGUUGACAAAAUUUCGAUUCCAGGUCCAACGCUCCGACUCCGGCGUUUAUCAGUGUGUCGCUAUGAACAUGGUCGGUGAACGAGUCUCAGGCCCAGCCAGAUUGUCCGUAUCAGAGAAGCCACGAUUCCUCGUGGAGCCAAAGGACGCUCUAAGCGAAGUCAACACCUCAGUAGUAUUCGAUUGUCGUGUGGCCGGCGAACCAUCGCCAACAAUUUCGUGGAAGAAACGGAAUUGUGUCCCAGUGAUGGAAGGAGGAAAAUGCUCGGAUUCCAUGCCAAUUGGAAGAGCGUAUAUUACGGAUGAUAGUCGAGGAUUGCAGAUUGAUAGGUGAGGAAGAAUUUGGAAGAAGUUUUUGAUGAUUUUUGGUGGUAAAUUUGAGGAUUUUUGAUUUUUUGGGUGUAUAUGUGCAUAAAAUUGGGAAAUUUUGAAUUUUUUGAUGAUACAUUUAUGAAUUGUGUGGGUUAUUUGAUUUUUUGGAUUAUAAAAGGCCCCUCACGAUCUUAUGAAAGUGUUUUUGGGAUGAAAAGUUGAAAAUUUUUUGAGAUUUUUUGAAAAUUUGACGUCUGAACCUUACUUUUGAAAAAACUUGUGUAAAAUUUGCACUUUUAAAACGUUUUCUUUGCUAUUUCUACUGUAUGAAGGGAUAAAAGAUCUGUUUUGUCGUGUUGACUUGAAAAACGACCGUAUUUCCUUUGCCUGUCCACGAUGUUUUUAAUAAUGUUGUCAAAAUUUUGCCUAAAAUUCGCACAAAAGCCAUUAGGGCCGCUCUUCAGGCCCUGAAACAAAUAAAAAUUGUUUUAAAAACGCUUCAGUGUGGCCGAUCUUUUGUAGUGAUAACGGCUUUUUUUAAUACAGGAAUUCCAAGGCUUUUUUUCUCGAUUUUUUAUUGGACUUGGAGUGGAACCUAUUUUUUCGAAAAAAGCGGGAAAAUUUUUGGUGUUGAGGGUGGAAAAACAGGUGGGAAUGGGAGUGUUGUAGUUGGUGGAGGAAUUCCCAGAGAGGUUUGAAUUAAAAUUACUGUCCUUUUGGGGAGAAUAAUCGAGUUUUGAGCAAUUUUUAUCAAGUAUAAUAUAAUUUUUUGCAAAAUUUUUGCUUUUUUUAGAGUCCAACCCGAAGACGAAGGAGAUUACGUGUGUGUGGCAAAGAACAGCGCCGGAGAGAUCGAAACCUCCGCGAAAUUGCGUGUGCAAGCCCCGCCAAAAAUCGUCAAAGCUCCGAAAAAUCAGAAGCUGAAGCCCGGAGAAACCGCGGAAUUUGAGUGCGAAGUGACGGGCCGUCCCGCACCCGGAGUGGUCUGGAGCAAAGAAGGCGAACGCCGGUUCACGUUGAUGAGCGGUCAAGACCUAAAUGGCCGAAUAGAAGUGUCGCCCGCAGGCACUUUGAGGAUCAAGGAGGUCAACGAAUUGGACGUGGGGAAUUACGUGUGCGCAGCGGUGAAUUCGGUGGGAAGUGCGCUGAAAAAGACCAUGCUGACGUUGGAGAUAGACGGUAGGUUUGAUUUUUGAGAUGUUUUGGGAGUUUGGGGAGUAAUUUGUGAAAAUAUUUUUGGGUUUACAUGAAGAUGCAAGAAAAUUUAUAGAAAUUUUGGGAAAAAAAUUAAUUUUUUUGGGUUGAAAGUUCCUAAAAUGACCAAAAAAUGUUGAAAACAAAUGCUUACAACAAGAAAUCGAAGUUUCUAAAUGAUUACGACCCAAAAUAGAACCCUAUUUUAACCCGAUUUCGAAGCCACUUGGGAGAAGGUGCCAAUUUCCCAAUUAAGGCUCCCCCGAUCCGAGAAGAAGUCACUUGAGGUCAGUGCAUAAUUUAGUCAAGAAUUAGACGCAGAAACAAACAAUGGGAAGUGCGAAACGCGCAUAUUAUAAUACAGGGUUAAUUUGGGCCAAAACGGGAGAAAUUGAUUAAUUUUGCCACUUUUUUGGGGAAAUAUGGGACGAUUCGUACUGUAGACAAUGGAGAAUACUGUAGUAGUGAUGUUGAGUUUUUAUUUUUGGCUUUUCAAAUUGAUUUAUAAUGGUUGUCGAGAUUUUUCAAAACAUUUUGGACAGUUUUUGAUUAAAGUCGCUGAAAAUUUGUCAAAAGCCCAAUAUUUUCUCGUUCUUCAUCCGCGAGUCUUCGAUAUAUGAUGCAUUCAUGUUGGAAACGCGCAUAAUCUCAAGCAGUUUAUCUGAAUUCUUAAUCUCAGACCCAAAUAUGUUCUCGAAUUCGGCGCGAAACCGUUCCAUCAAACGCCUGUCCCCAGAAGGCUCUCCAAAAUCUUUAAUGCGCAUAUUUCAUUACGAGGUCUCGUUUUGCCUCAGGGAGAGGUUGGGUUUGGCAGUGGCGACUUUUGUUUGGACCUUGGAUAUUAUACUUGAUGAGAAGGGGUGAAAUUAAAAAAGGUAUGGUAUUUGAAGUUUUGUGGAAAAUAAAGUGAUGCUGUAAUAAAUACAGUCUCAGACAGGAUUAUGUUGCGAGAAAACGCAUCCAAAUGCAUCCGUGAUGCAAUUAAUUGCAUUACUUUGCAUUCUUUCCCUGACCAAAAAGAGCUGUUUCUUUUGGCAGAGAGGGGAUGCAAAGUAAUGCGAUUUAUUGCAUCUAGGAUGCAUUUGGAUGCGUUUUUUGUCACAUGGGCCUGUCUGGGACUGUAUUGAUUACAGCAUGACUUUAUUUUCCACAAAAUUCCAAAAACCCAUCAACUUUUUUAAUUUCAACCCUUUUCAUCAAGUAUAAUAUCCAAGGUCCAACAAAAGUCGCCAUUGCCAAACCUAACCCCUCCCUGAGGCAAAACAAGACAUCGUAAUCAAGGGCAGUAAUUAUGACCAAUGUAUGAACAUUAUUUGUCUUGAUUUUGGGCAAUUUUGGCAUUUUCCCCCAGAAUCGAUCCCCUUACUUCCCGUAAAAGGUACUUUUCAAAAAAGUAGGCUGCUCCCAAGAUUUCAAAGUUAUGGCCAUCCACCCCACUCAAUGUUUACCGUUAUUAUUGUUUUUGCUUAUUGAAAUUCAAGAAUAUCCGCUUUUCCUCCGCAUUGCUUUUUGAAUAUUCCCAGGCAAUAUGAGUCAAAUAUCGAAUACGAAUGCUGACUGCGUCUACUCGCAACCUGUCAUUCAAAUUUACGCGAAAUAUUGACCGUCCCUAAUCCGCAUGAGCAUUUUUCUGCACCUGCAACAAGCGAUUUCCGCAGAUUUUAUGCGUCAACGGGUCGGAGACGGAUUGAUUUGUGUUCUUCGUUGUUUAUGGUCAUCUAUUUUUUAAAAAUUUUCGACGUUUUGAAACAAUCUUCUUCUUAAUUAGGUAGUGUAAGGCAAUUUUUUGGGCACUUUGACUAGUUGAAAAGCUCUUCCCGCCUUUUUUUUGAAUAAUUUCUGAAAUCUUCACUUCGAUUACCAGCCGCUCAACGCGCUGCUCUUGACCAGGCCAAACUGUCGCAUCGGCAUCAAUUUUCACUUUGUUUUGGGAGCGGUGCGCCUUUUUUGGAAGCGGAGCGGCGCCAAAUUGCCGGCCCGAAAUCCAACGCAUCGAAUGCACAAGUGCCGAAUGUCAAGCAUUCAUCGAUACGCCCAAUGUUGGAGGCAUUUCGGAUUGCUUUGUCGAGGAUGUAGCAGAAUGUUUUCUCUGAGGAUGUCUGGCUCUUAGAUGGUAUAGAAUAAGCCUCUGUUGUCUUGGAUGAAGUUGAAUUGUUGUUUAGUUUUACGUCAUUGACUCUGUGAACCAUGUAAUUUGAGAAUUGAUUUCCCUCUAAUUGAUCGCAGCGAUUUUUUGCGGCUUUUCCUUUUCUGUCCCCACCACUUGUUGGAUGUGGAGGAUUAGGGCGCGGUAAUCGGAUGCAAUGGCCAUUUUUGGUGCGCCUUUGCGGUUUUUAUUAUUAAUUGCACUGCGAGCUUUGGUGAGCCGUCGAUUGGUGGGGAAUUUGUCGAGAAAUCAACCCGUUUUUGGAGAUUUUUUUUUAAAAAUAGGAUUUACGGUUAUUUUGUCUUGUUUUGCGCUAGAAUAAUGUUUUGGGAUAUGGUAGAAGGGGUCGAAGACGAUUUCAAGACGACAUAUCCCCUACCGUACCUUGUUUACCUGUUUUCCAAUCGAGCAAUGCCCUCCCACCCCGCAAUUUGAAACCACAUUUCCCGCAAAAUUCGCGUACAACUCCCCCCAUCCGUACUGCAUCGCCCGCCGUAUUGUUCAGGAACAAUACACCCACCCCCAGCUUAAUUUUGCAUGGCCUCCUUUUCCGCUCACCCGACUCAUUUGAACCGCUUUGUUGGCUAUUGUUUUGAAGAUCAGCCUCCUCCUGUUGGCGUACGGUACGCAUUUUUGCGCCGAAUUUCACUUGACUUACCGUUUUAUUUCCCCAUUUUUGGCGUUUUAUUGGAAAAUAUAUUUAUUGCUUUAUAAGGGAAUCACUCAAUCAUCUGGCGGAGUAUCGCGUGCAUGGCUACGGAGCGAUUUUUGAAAGGAUAUUGUCUUGAAAAGCGAUGAAUAAUACAGUGAAGGACCUGGUCCAGUGGCAAAAAACGUAUCAUUUUGCAUCCUGGAAGUAUCAAAAGUGUGGCAAAAUGCUUCCCUCUCCAAGUGAAAAAACUUCGUUUUGAAGCGCCCUUUUGAAAUCGAAGUUUUUUCACUUGGAGAGGGAAGAAUUUUGCCACAUUUUUUAUGCUUCCCGGAUGCAAAAUGGUACGUUUUUUGCCACUGGGUCAGGUCCCCCACUGUAUAAUUUCUAUCGGUGUUCAUUGUCAUGGAUAGAAGAGCGGGUACAUUAGCGAAAUGCAAAGAAUUUCCUGGUUGUCCAGCUGAUAGCUGAAAGCCCCAAGACCGGAAAUGUCUCCCCCUCUUGAUCUUUCGCUCUUCAACCAUUGUUCUUAUUACGAUAUUCGUUGCAAAUCUCAUGGCUUUUUGUCAUUUGAAACAUUCGAUACGGGUCUAAUCGAUCAACUGAACCACUUAGAAUAUUCUGAAUAUUCUUAUAACAAGUGAAUGUUGAGAAGGAGAUUUCUGUUCCUGCCCUAAUAUUUGUCUAAUAUUGCGCCGACUCGUCGAUAUUUGAAUGGAGAUUGUGAUAAAAAGAGCUGUUCUAACCUUCUAAUAUUGUGCCAAAAUUAUCUUAAACGCCCUCCGUUGUGUGACUCAAAGGUAAACAGUGGGUCUAUCGAGCCUUCUUUGGGUGAUGGUGAGCAGGUGAACGCGGGUUAAUUCCCACCACAAACAUCGUAAACUGCCUUGAUGGUAUCAAAAGUUUGCUCAAGAGUGGCGGUUGCUACCCAAAUAUUAGGGAAAUGUUCGGAAAUAUUCGAAGUUUGGUAGGAAAAUUAGAUUUUGAGUGGCUCUGGCCUACUUUUCGUAUAACAAUCUUGGAUUUUUGCAAGAGUAAUUCCCACUUUUGGGACGAAUUACGAAAAAAACUUCUCCGAAUUCCCUUGUCCCACUUUCGUAAACUCGGGAGAAUUAAAUUAACAUGUCUUAACACAGAAAUCCCUUUCGUAAAUCCUCGGGAAAAGUCCAUUAUUCUUCCGGAACAAAAACCCUCGGCGGAAAUUCAUUUGGGAAAUUGGAAAACCUUGCGUCUCUCCAGCUGACGUGGAAUCCCAACUCGCUUACAAAUUGCCUAUUGUCAAGGUUUCUGGGGCCACUUUGGCCACCCGGCGAUCUUAUGAAUUAACUCACGAUAUGUCACCGGCUUUUUGCGGCGAUUGUGGAAAAGAAACGCUGAAGUCGGUGGGGGUUUUUUCGAAGCUAACUAAUGAGCAGCAUGGAAAUUAGGCUUAUUUGCAUUUUGAAGUCAGCGGCGGCUUUUUUUUUUGGUGUCAUGACUUAUUCAGCAGGGAUGAGAGUGAAUUUUACAGAAAAAUUACUCGAUUUUGGAGGGAAAUUUGAAGUUCUCGACCACUUUUGUUGCCAUAGUUUACACUUGGACCCCCGCUGACCCACCCUUGUCCAAUAUAAUUUAUAACAAUGUCUAAUCCAAGCUGUUCCGAGAUUAAUCUCAUCGCCGAAUUUCGCACUUGGCAUAUCUUCGCGCUUCGAAUAUUGCGCGAAACCAUUUGGAAUGGAUUAUUUGGCCAGAGGCGGCUUAAUUUUGAAUUCAUUGGGUUUAAGUUGAUGUGAAAAAUGGUUUUGAGUAUGGAAAGUGUGGUUUUCUUGGGUCUUCAUCGCAUUAGUCGUACAGUGUUCCUGACCAUUCCGCUCGAACUCCUCGCCCAAAUUCGUCCUGUCCACUCCAAGCUUCCCGACCCAUAUUCUCAUCUUCUCCACCUCGAUUCCCGUGUUCCCGAGGAAUACUCAUACAUUGUUCAUCCCGUCCGCUCGCACCUCAUCAAGCCAUGAUGAGGGAGGCAAUUCAGUUUUUAUUUGAAAUCCGACCCCCAACGUCUUGUCGCACUUAAUCUCGAAAGACGAGUCAAGGCCGUGUUCUUCACACGUUCGCAAGGCGUGAAACUAUGCACUUGCACUUCCGAGCGGACUGUCAGAUGGCUCUUGUAAUUUUGCGUAGGGUAUUUGUUAUACUGGAAGGUUCUUAGAGGAUUCGGUGAUGUUGGAGUAGAUGAGGUUUGAAUUUUCGUAGAUUGCAUAAAUGGACUUACCCUUACUACUAUCACUUGUGGUCAAGACAAGACCAGAAGUGAUAGUAGUAAGGGUUAGUAUCACUUUCCCGACUUUCUAUCACUUUCUGGUCUUGUCCAGACCAGAAAGUGAUAGUAACCUGUGUUUUCCUCAACGAGCCGAUAUCAUUUAUCUCCAAUCGGAUCAGUCGGUAUUUUUGCGACAAUUUUACGACCCCCAACCCGUUCAUUCCCUUUCAUCGGGCCAUAAAGUCAAGAAAGCACCGGCACGCGGCGGACAAACAAAGACUUCUCGAGAGGCGAAACUGAGAAUGGACCGAUAAUUUUAGAGUUACCGGCUUCAAUAAAACCUCUGAAGGUCUCUAAUUUAGAUUGGAGCUGGAAUACAUGCCCGAUUUUUUGGCAUGUGUAAAGAGGAGUCUGAUUUUCUUGAACGAGGCCUUACAGUAUCCGUUUUCCCCUUGUAAAGUCGGGUUCUUGGCUUCAGCUCGGCUGGAGUUCGCAUAAAAAACAACUGCGUCGUAUGGAAGCGAUUUUGUGGUUUAUCGGAAGCCAGCCCAUUACUCGGAUUUUUAACGGCGCUUCACCCAAAAAACAUUUAGAACAGAUUGCAGUUAAUUUCGCGAGAUCUGUUCUUAUUUUUAGUAGGUUUUUGGAGUAUUUCCUUGUCGCAGAAUCCCUUGUUAUCUCGAAAUUUUGAGAAAUGGUUCGGAAAUUUUACGCAUUGAUCCUUAUCACCCUCCACAACCUUCAAAAUUCGGCUUGUUCUUGUUUGUUUUACCUCUGAAGUUUUUUUAUUUUUGGUUUUAUCGUUUUUUGGGGCUUGUACCGGCCUUAAAAUACUGUCUUUUAAAGUUUGGAGGGCUCUUGGGGCCGAUUUACAUCCGUUGUAAACAACCACUUGCCUUCCAUAAAAUUCCUUGGAACUCUAAUAAACAACCAAUAAACCUCAAUUUUGGGAGUUUAAUGGAUUUAUUGUAGUUGUUUUCAAGGCGUUGGUAAUUUUUUGAUUUUAUCUCUGGUCCUCGUAUCUGGUCCUCGUAGGUCAGAACUUGGGUAAAAUAGGUCUCAUAACUUCUUUUGUCCUCCGAAUCAUAAUUUAUGACCACUAAAAAUCACUACAUCAAAACCCACGGUGCGCCAUAACGGCGCGCGGUUUCGAGCCGAAAGAACAACCUGUCAGCCAUUAAUCAUCAUUUCGUUGCCAAAUGGCUCAGAGUUUUCGCCGAAGUCUUGUUUAUUUUUUCUCCGAUGAGGUGCGGACGCUUGUGAAUCGGCUAGAGACGGCUUUGAGGGUCAAGAAGGUGGUUUAGAGGCCAAAAAUGGAAGCGUUUUGGGCGUGAAAAAUUCAUUUUCAAGUCGAAAUAAGAGUUCGUAGCCGAUCUAGUCAUUUUCUUUUUUGAAAAUUUUUGAUGGCCCGAUCAGCCAAUGGGAAUUUUCAUUUUUGUAGGGAGUUCUCAAGCUUUCUUCUUCUUAUCCAACCCUUAAUAUCCGUCCAUACUUAUUGUACACUCCCCAAAAACUGUAGCGGCUCGGAUUGACCCGCCUGUCUCCCUAUUUUCCCACCUUUACAUGAAUAAAAACACCGACACAGUGAUGAAACAUAGCGCCGGGAAACACAACGGGGAUUUUGUUUGUGCAAACCGGAAAUUUAUACUUUUUGCGACGCGUUUUUACGACCAGCAUAUUGUUGUGCAAUCAGGCUGUAAAACAUUGUAUGCGCCGCGUUUUUGUCCGCUCUUUACGGUCGACAUAACGGCGGAAGUUCAUGAUCGAUCCGAAUCUGGUAUCUAGUAGGAAUGGAUAGGGGUUACAGACCGAUAGCUUGACUUAUAGAGCAGAUAUUCAGAUAUUGCCUUAUUCAGUGGUCUACUGCAAUAUUUCACGUCAGAUUGACUCGAAAAGCAGUCGAUCUUCAUUAAAAUCCGAGUUCAUUGAGUGCCGAGGUCAUCAUGGCUUCUUUAUAACGAUUCAAAAGAAAGUCCUUGGCGCUGUUACUUAUACUCUUCAAUAAUAUUUGGCGCCGGGCAGUAAAAAACGCACUGAAUGAGGUUUUAUGAAUAUUUUUAGCGGUGAGAUGAUCCGGGACUUCUUUAUUUGCUCGUCUUGGGCUGCGAGAGGACCUUUGAGAGGGUGUUCGGAACUAGGAUCAUGGAUUUUAUAGAGUAGGUCUUCCUUUACAACAAGGUUUUUAUAUUAUACUAGGCAAAAGUUGAGGUUGACAAAAAUUUUGUCCGUUUCUCAAAAACAGUCAGGGUAUUGGUAAUGGUCACAACCGAAAACCCCGGCUCAUAGCCUUUUCCUGCCUAUAAAAAAGCGAUAAAGUUUGUUUUAUGCCCUCCGGAUCCCUAUUCUCUUAGCUCGCACAUCGCUUUUAUUUUAGUCGUAAAACACGUUCAAGACCCGAAAAAACCUGAAUUUACAUUCUCAGGUAUACGGAAAAUCUGAAUGUGUCUAGCAUGGCGUUUUGUGCAUUGUUUUUUUAAUAAGGGAGCUUUUUAUAUUGUACUUGGUGUUGGAAAAUUUUAAUUUUUUUUUCUGAUUUUCCCGCAUUGUUUGCGAAGAAGAUGAUACGGCGGAUAAAAUGGCGAUUUCCUGUUGAUCCGCUCUCUUUGCACGCCUUAUGUCGGCAUGGCCAUAUAAAGCGAAUAGCCGCAUUCGUAGUCGAUCCAAUUUUCAGACCAAAUAAAGGCCUUUUUUGGCCAUACUGGUCUAAAUUUUUAGGUCUGAUUUUUCGAAAUCUUCUUUAUUUCUUAUGGAAAUGGCUCUGGAUUAUAUCCAAGUCUGUUGGAGAUCCCAAAAAUUAGCGAACCUUGAUUAAUCCCAUUUUUCCAACACUUAUAACCCAUUCAUUCAUUUUGACUACUCUUCGCGCAACCCCCCUCUAAUCGUUUCCUGAAGCCAUGACCAUCCGUUAAACCGCUCGCUACAAAAAGCGGAACGCGGUUUUCGCCUCAAGUCACCGGAAAUUUGUCUCUCAUCCGUUGAGCGCGAAAUUUUCGAGUAAAUUUGUUUUGAAGAAGGUUAAUUUGCCUUCUUUUAUGGCUUUCUGGCCGCUUUACGGAUUGUCUUCCCGAAUGCGGGAAGUUUUGGCCGUCACGAACACCUGCAAGCAAUUAGAGAGUAGUUUUGAGAGGAAAAAUGCCUAAAAAGUAAAACUUUUUUGGUAUUACGUUAUUUCUUAGCGCUCUGCCAUAUUGAAAUACCCUCCUAAUGGGCUUAAAUUACGACCAAUACUACUGUCUAGAAGUAUUGUUUUCCCAAGGUCGAUAUCCCACAGAUUUUCGACCAAUUCUUCCCGCAAUUACUGGAUAUCACCCUCGCUUUCGAGGACAACUAAAACACUAGAUCCUUGCCAUAAAAAUCGCUACGGGCUUUCCCAACAUUUCACACUCCCAUAAAUCGCCGCGAAAUGCGUUUAUCCCCGUCUCUGAGUUUUUUUUUUUUACUCUAACGGUCCGCAAAUUAUGCAAGAUGCGUUUCCAUAUUUUCGUUGAGAAAGAGCAGGUGAAUCUGUGAUCACAGGUGUGGAUAAAUCAUCAGAAUUGGUCUUAAAGAGUCGAAGAAGUCGACUCAGACUGAAAUCGGGCAAAAUACGUAUUGUUUUUGCUCUGAAUUCGUUGUUUUGGCCUUUUUUUUGUCUAGAAUAAGGUCCAAAGACGUUGGGAAAAAAUAUUUUGAAUAUUUUGAACCUGUAUUUUCCCCAGAAAAAUACCAUGCACACCCUCUCGGAACGCUAAUUAAAGACCUAUGUGUAAACAUAGACCCCGUUUCCUCCUUACGUAAUUACCCAUAUUCGUUAUUCCCCUUCCUUCAACAUAUGCGAAACGAGCGGUAAUUCGAGAAAAUAUUUUUGUUUCUUUUCUUUUAUGACUAAUUUUUGUACGAAUACAAAAUAUCUGCGCUUUCCAAGCUUGUUCGUAUCGGAUAUCGUCUAUUGUAACAGAUUUUUUGGAGAAUUUUGAGGAUUUUUUUGGUAUUUUGAGUCAUUCUUUGGAUCAGAGAAGGUUCUUAAAGUCAUACAAAUUUUUUGGAUACUAGAAAUUUGUCAUAAAGGGGUUUUUGAGUCAUUAUUUUUACCUUAAAGUACGCACUUCUGGAAGCCUAGCAAUACACUUGGCCAAAUACAGAUUAUUUCCCGUCGGGACCCGUGAAAUAUGAAUUUUUUCCCACGACCCCCCUCGAAUUUUUUUUUGCUGGCGAGAAUAGUUUUGCGGUAAUAUUUUUCACGGCUUUUCCUUGCUGCGUGUAAAACAUUUUUGAGGUGCCGGUAUGAUUUCAGGAUUAAUAACAGCUCAAUAUUACUAGUCCUUCCGGAAAGUCGCCGGACUGGAGUCGGCGACACGCACUGUGCGAAAACAAAACUUUGCUUUGCACCUGUGCAGUUUCUUUCCUUUUGCACCGUGUAAUAGGCUUUUUCGGGCUGUCGUUCACACCCUGACCUUUAUCGCACAGUGCAAACGCCAAAAGUUAGUCCGGCGACUUUCCGGAAGGAGUAGCAACAUUGACACUGAGAGAGACUUUAUGAUCGCUAUAACUAACAUUCAUCUUUAAUAACACAUGUUAAACGUAUAUUCAUUACCUUUUAUUAUCUAUUCUAAACAAAAACCUUCCAAAAAAUUAUUACUUCCUAAAAGAUUCAACAGGAAUAAUAUUAUAAUAAGUUUAUUUUUCUCCUUAUUAACAUGAACAACAUAAAUAAGACAGCAAUGGCUUAAGGAUGGGACCAAUGAAAAGACAGUACGUCCCUUACAGCCGACGUUCUUGGUGUGCUGACCGUGAACAUGAAGACCCCAAUAGUGACGGAGACCACGGUGAGGACGGAUCUCUAUGCGUUCCAAAACGUCACGGAGCUUCGAGUCGACAACAGUGAAGAUAUCCUGAAAAAACCGUCGUAACUUCAUCAAGUACACACAAAACGCAUCCUACUGUUUCCAGAUAAGCUUUUUUUUACCUAAAACUAACAAAACAAAGAGAAACGGAACUCACUUUGAUGUAUCUGCCAUCCUUUAGUCUGUUUAGGAACAAGUUGAGGAUCUUGCACUGGGUGGGGUUCAACAACAACGCGCAUCUCAACGGCGGGAUGGAGACUCCACGAUUAGGGCGGAUCUUCCUGCAUUCCAAAUCGUCACGAGGCUUUGAUUUGAGGGCAUGGAGACAACCUAAAAGAAAAUUAGUCAAAGCUUCAUCAAGUAUAAUAAAAAAAUGCAACCAGCUAGUCCCCGUAAAACAUUCUCGCGAUUCUCGCCAGCAAAAAAAAAAUUCGAGGGGGGUCGUGGGAAAAAAUUCAUAUUUCACGGGUCCCGACGGGAAAUAAUCUGUAUUUGGCCAAGUGUAUUGCUAGGCUUCCAGAAGUGCGUACUUUAAAGACCGAAAUGACCUCAUAAUUCCGGCUUUGAUUGGGGCGCGAAAAGUCGAGUGCACUUGUUUUUGGCCGCCCUGCGGCGACAAAAUUUGUGCUUGCGACGUGAAAAAGUUGGGCAAAUAGACGCGGCGACGGAAGAUUUCCCGAAUAAUCGGAUUAUUUUUUUGACGUUUAUGGAGCAAGGAGUGACCAGAGUGCGAAAUUUUCUGAAAGAUUAUAAGAUUUUUAGAGGAAAUUUUAAUUUUUUACACCUGUUUUUUGGAUAAAAUAUGACCUUGUAGGAGACUAAAGUCGUUUUCUGGCCAAAAGAUUUGGUCUGGUCCAAAAAUUCGAUGAAUUUUCCACUUGGUUUAACCCAUUGUAGGGCCAAACCCAACCGAAUUACUCAGUUUCCAACACGAGAAUUUCGAAAAGGCGAGAAGUCGGCGUCAAUUUGUUUUCGAUUAGCGCUCAGAUUGGAUUUGUUAGGAUCAUUUUUUUAUGGCCCGAAAUCUCCCAAUAAAAUGUUUUUCGCCGCAUUUUUUGGUGAUUUCGGGAGCAAAGUUGAAAGGGAUUUUUAAGAAGUUUGUCAAAUUUUGGAGAGCUGAAAUAUGAUUUGGAAGAUGUUUGAAAGGGUUUUGGGAGGUUAUUCUUUUUUGUUUUGCUGGAAUUUAAAAAAAAGUUUUUAGGCCAGAUUGGAUGAGAUUUUGCAAAAACUGGACAAAAUUUUGUAUUUUUUGGAGAUUUUUGAUGUUUAUUUCUCCUAUUUUUUUUGCAAAAUAGGUAAAAAAGUUUCUUUCGUAUCCCCCAAAAUCCAUAAAUUCCCCUAAUUCGGAGCUGUCAACCCCCUCGCUAAUUUAUCGCGCUGACCUCCCACUUACGCAACAACCCCCAACACUCCCCCAAUAUUGUCCAUAAACGGACUUAUUACAGUCUGCAACACUGAUUACGCAAUGAUUCACGCGGCAUUUUGCCCGAAAAUUGUCGUAUUCGAAGAAAGAAAAGGGGGAUUCGAACACCAAACACAGGUGAAUGGCCAGGCUGACAAAGAUGGAAUUUAAAUGAGCGAUGGGUUCUUUGGGUUGAAUUGUUCCAUCUAACGGGGUUGGGAAGAGGUUUCGAAUUUGUUUUUUGCGUUUUGGGUAAUAGAAUAGGCACAAUUGGAUAUUGUACUAGGCCUUGCUAGGGAAUUUGGAUGAUUUUUGGAAAAAUUGGUUGAAUUUGAGCUUGCAAUGGCUAUUUAUGGGCUUAUUAGAGACUAUUCCUCAUUUCGUAAUGAUUUAUCUGCUAUCACACUUCUAAAAAUAUAAUUUACAACCGAUUUUACCUCGAGAAAGCCACGGUCUUUAGCGUUCUGUGUUUUUCUGUAAACAAAUCUUUGGGUUAAACACAUUAAUCUUGGUAGUUGAAGCCAUUAGUAGCUGUCUUCAUUCAUUUCCGUAAAGUUUUAAUGUGAUUCGGGAGCGGAUUGACUGGAAAUUUAUAGAAAAUGUCUAAGCUUGUAUGAUUUUAUGGGUAAAUCUUGGAGAAGACGAUUUUGUUUCCGAUCUUGAGGUUUGGAUUUGUGAUUGACACAAAAAAAUAUGUGUUCGUCGGGAAGGGAACGACAUCAACUUGUGGCCUUUGGCCGGUCUAAUGGAUAUUUUGAGGAGUUUGGACCUUAUUUUAGACGAAGGGUCAUUCUGAGUUGUCAAAAAUUUGUCUCGCCUCAAUUUGUUAUAAAAUAGCCCUUAUGACUUGUUAAAUUCCCUAAUUAAUCAAAUUUGACUUGGAAUUUGGUCGUGUCAAGCGGCCAUUGUCCAUUACUUUUUGAUUUUGUCCUAAAAUUUUGCGUAAUUUUGAGCUUCUGAUGACUUUUUUUUUAAAUUUUUUUCCAAUACUUGCCGAGUACUGUAAUAUUCCGCCUCUUUUCUUCAUUGUUCCUCUUUUAGAAUCCCCCCAAAAAAACCAAUGCGUUAGCCAAACAUUGUGAAAGGAACGGCACACUAAUCGAAAAAAGUUUCGGCCAAAAAAGGUUUUUUGAAUGAGAAAACGAAGGAAAAACUAAUAGUUAUUCAACAAAAAUGGUGUUUGGAACAGUGUUAAGUCUGACAACGACGCUGUCAAUGGCCUGUAUAUACAAUCCGGCACAAUGCCCGAAUGGAAGUAUGGAUUUUUGGGAAGAAUUUUGGGGUCUGGGAUGUUGUAGUAGAGAUCAGAUAAAAAAGUGGGAAUUGUAGUUGAUAUUGGUAUAUGUAUUGGGAUGUUUGGGGUUUUUUAGAAAGGUUAUGGGUCUAUUGUCAAAUUGAAAUAUCAAAAAGUCGGGGUUAUGUUUGAAUUUUGGGUCAGAUUGUGGUUCCAAUAUUAUACUUGAUACCUAUGAAAAAAUCAAAUAUUUCACAUGAAAUUGGUUUAAUGUACUGGGAAAUUCAUGGGUUUUUAGAAAGAUUAGGGAGUAGUUUGCAUCUUCAUAUAACCAAAAUUGGGGUGGAACUUUAUUUUCUGCAGUUUCCAGCAUUAAUUAUAUUACUUUAGCUGCCAACGCGGUCCCACCUCCGCAAAUCACGUACGGACCAUCGAAUCAGACCCUACUAACACACGAUAUAGCCAUUCUACCAUGUCAGUUUACCCCAGCACCGCCCGGUCGUGAUCCCCCAAACGUUUCGUGGUUCCAUAAUUCCAUUCCGAUCAAUCGGGACGAUCAUCGGUUUAGUGUCUCACCCAGUGGCACGUUAAAAAUCACUGAUUUGAGGUUGGUUUUAAUUUUUUCUUUGGUUAUUGGCGACAAGAGACGAUUAUUUUUAGUAAUUUUCAUGAGCUUGACAUUCUUCGAUAUUACACUUGAGAUUUUUGACGAUUUUUAUCAUUUUUUCGAAUUUUGAUGGCAGUUGGCCGCCUUUUAUUGAUUAUAUAGACAAAUCCCGGCUUUAUAACGCUAUUCCCUUCCACCUUUAUGGCUGCAAUCGCGGGCGUUAACCGGUUUUCUGCCAGAUAGCGGAAUGGAACAUCUGCCAGAAAUAAAUCGUAAAGGAAUUUUUUGAUGGAAAUCUUGGUGUCCAGGGUGGGAUAGACGAAGAUUGCGUGUUUUUAUGCAAUUUGGAGGAGGUUGGGGACUAGUUUUGGGAGAUUUUGAGACAAAAUUAUAUUACUUUAGGUGGAUUUGAUGACAAACGCUGAUGCGCUUUUAGUUUGGCAUGCUUUCGAAGCCUCGAAGCCUGUCUUACAAAUCAUUUUUGUUUUGAUGAGAAAAAAGGAAAAAAUUGGCCAGAUAAUUUUUCAAAAAUUUGAUCGAAAAUCAUGUUGUACAAGCCGCCGCCCCCUGAUACGCCUUGAUUGAUGCCAAUCACAAAUCUCCGCUGGUGGCUUAAGAGACUCAUUUCCCAUCUCGUUUGGCGUUUUUUACAUCCCACAAAACAAAAUAGCCGACAGAUGUUUCAUUCGAUGCGGGCCGCAAAAACAAGGAGAAAUUGAAGGGAUCGUGGCUCGGUAUCCGCCUGGGAAAGCAAGAAAAUUUGUCUUACAAGGGAUCGGCAAAUAGUUGCAACCUGCUUUCUUAACGAAACAUGUAUCAUUUGAAAGAGCAUUAAAAAUGUGCACAGCGCAAAAAAAAUUAGCUGCCUAAAUUACCUUAGGGCAUAUAUACGACCGCUUUUUGAAAGGGGUUAUAUGCGGCCAAAACGCCGGUUCCUUAUAUUACAGUAAUCCUGGCGGUUUGAAAUCGUCUUUAUUAAUUUCCUGGUAUCCAAAAACGUCUAUUACGGUCGUUUUAUGGCUUUACCAAUCCUCGGUUAUAUGUUAUUAGACAUUACUACUAGAUACAGUAAAUUGUAAAUAAAACUAGGUUAAAGGGAAAAUUGGAGCAAAAAGCUUUGGAAAUACAUUUAUACGAUCGUCGGGGUCAUUCACAAACGAAAAUUUCAAAAUUGAAAAUUUCUUAUGUCCUACCCUUACCAAUGGUUGGUCCACUGUGUCAGCAAUAGUGUCUUUGGCCGAUUUUACAAUUUUAUCUUCGUAUUUUUUCGAAAAAAAGUAUAUUUAUAGGCCUUAGUAAAUUUAAUUAUCCUCCAGUAAUCAUAAUCGGUCAGGUUACUGGCACAACACCCUUGUAAUUAUACGAUAGUGACAUACCCACUCUCACCACCAUCAAAUUGGUAGUCGUUUCAAAAAAAGUCGAAAACUCAGAAAAAUUGCGUAGCCAUGGAUUCUGUCUGCGAAGUAACAAAAAUUAUUAAAAAAUGUCAACAUACCAUGGUUUUGUAGCAUAUACGAGACGAAAUGCAAAAAAUUUACAGAACCUGGUUUCGAAACCACGACUUGUUGCGCCGGAAGUGGGGUCACUACCACUCGGCCAACUCGACACAACUCUGUUGCCAUUCCGAGAGCUUAUAAAGCGAGGCGGAAAUUAGGCUAAAAUCUGUAUUUUGGCCAUAACUUUGUCCAAAGUGAAUUUAGGCAGCUAAUUCUUUUUGCGCUGUGAACUAUUUUUAAUGCUCUUUCAAAUGAUAUAGGUUUCGUUAAGAAAGCAGGUUACAACUAUUUGCCGAUCCCUUGUUAAACCGCCGGAAAAUGAAGCUCAGAAGCCAAAAAUUUAUUUUUGUUAUGGCUGACGAAAUUUUUUGGAGAUUUUUUUUUUGAAAAAUCCUCGAAAAAAGUUGCGCGAUGAUCCGGAAAUUACCCCGAAAAUUGGCUUUUGUUGAAUUUUACCUCCCAUGUUUUGUUUGUUUAUGUGGAAAAAGUCAUCGGUUGUUUAGAGUUUGACCCAAAAUUUGGCGAAAUUUUUGAGCGAAAAUUCCCGGAAAACUUUGAUUUGUUGAGGUCACAUUUUGGGCGAUUUUUUGCGAUAGAAUUUCAGGGAAUGAUGGAAAUUGUAAACUGAGGCCAAUUUGAAAUGAUCUGGGAUUCAUUUUUUAUUCUUGUUAUUUUGUUUCUCCCCCCAGCGAACAUUUAAUUCGCCCUUUAUUUGUUUGCAUUUGCCUUGAUCCGAGGUUUAUUUACCUUGGGCUUAUAAGAAAGGUUCAUAAAAUGGACCAGCGCGAGAUUAGUAGCUGGGAAAUUUGAUUUUUUUUCGCCUUGGUUUAGAGAUUUGGCAGCGGAUUUGAGAGGAUUUGAGCUCUUCUUUAGGGAUUUUUUAGAGUUAAUUUGAAAGUUUUUGGACUUACAAUAGUGUUUAUCCCCCAUUUUUCUUCAGUUUUUUCUCUAUUUUUGGGCUGGCAUUGAAACCGGCUACUUUGACCUAUUAGCAUUUUCACAAAGUGCCUGGAUAUUUGUCGCGAAUCGCACUGUGCACAAAGGCCUCCGAUUUUUCGCACCGUGCAUUGACCUUUUUUUGGUUUUGCACUGUGCAUUUGAAAUAUCGCUGCGACGUAAGCUUUUCUCAACUGCGCUUCCGCGAGAAUGUGCACAGUGCAAUCGGCUUUUCUGAGGUUUGCACGGUGCGAAAACGGGAAAUUUCACAGUGCGUUGGCGACAAAGGUUCAACAUGCACUGUGCGAAAGCGAAAUGAUGUCCAGGCACUUUGUGAAAAUGCUAAUAGACUUGGCUGCCGGGCUGGGCCGGCCCGGGCCGGCCCGGGCCGGUGUUCGGGCCGGGCCGGGCCAAAGCAAAAUUGAAACGGGCCGGGCCGGGCCGCAACUUUCGGCCCGGGCCGGCCCGGCAAAAUUGAAAUUCUGAAUUUCAAAGCGAAAAGUUGGGUUGCCAAUAAAAUUAAAACGCAAUGCUAGGAAUGGGGUUUAUAUUUUUCUCACAGUAAGCGAAGUUUUAUAAAAAUAAAGCAAAGAAGUACUCAAAAAUAGCUAAUAAUAAGUAAUUUUACUAGUAAAAUCUAUUAAGUACUAAUGUAUAUUAGUGUUUGUAGUAAUUGUUUGAACAAACAUUCAAAAUAAACGUAACCGACAUCCUUAAAAACACAAUUAAGAAGUCGUGUGAAGCAACACUAUCAUCUUGAAGUUGAAAACCUUGAUAAACGUGGUUCCACCUUUGCUGAAUCUAUAAAAUUGAUCUUGGGGCAAUUUUUAAUAGUCUGAAAACGGAUCUCGGGAAUUUUUUGAAUAAUUUUAAAAAGGCAAUGCGUUGAUAAGUAAUUUUUUGCUUUAAAAAUGUGCUGUUAGUUGUUAUACAGGGUGUUUCAAGAAAUUUGGCAGAAACUAAUUGCGAAUAUCUUUGAGCUCUUGCUAGUUGUCGCAGAAAUUCUUUUUGUUUCUUAAACUUGAUAACGGGCGGUUUUGUACUGAACAAAAAAAAUUUUUUUUCCGUCGGCGGAGAGGCCAGUUCUCGGCGGAGACAUUUGGGGCCUUUUUUAAAAAUCACACCUUAUUACACGGUGGAAACUCUGUUACAAUGGCCAAAAUCAUGUUUGCGUUAAACCUCCGUGGAUUUUACGGUAUGCUUUUUUUUGUUUUCGAUUUUCGCUCAUCCGCGGAGGCACGGCGGAGACCUCAGGUUUCGGCGGACGUCGUUUUGACUCUUUGGAUCAUUCAAUUCAGGUUGGAAAAAAGUGUGGGGUGAUUUUUUGUUGUCAUCCGAUGCACAGAUGCAAAAAUUUCGCACUUUUUUCCCCGGCGGAGGAUUCGGCGGAGGCUUUAUCAAAGGGUCAGAACAGUCUUAGGAGUCCGGGAAAAAACUCAGCUACAAGAAUCCAUCACAACAACAUCAUUUUUCUUAUUUUUUGGUUCGGCGGACACAUCGGCGGAGGAUUCGGCGGAGGCUUUAUCAAAAGAGUCAAAGUUUUGUUUUGACCCUUUGAUAAAGCCUCCGCCGAAUCCUCCGCCGGGGGAAAAAAGUACAAAAUUUUUGCCAUCUGUGCAUCGGAUGACAACAAAAAAUCGCCCCAACCUUUUUUCCAACAUGGAUUUGCAAAAACCGAGGGCCCAAAACAAAGUCCGCCGAAAUCUGAGGUCUCCGCCGCGCCUCCGCGGAUGUUGCGUAAAAUCGAAAACGCAAAAAAAGCAUACCGUAAAAUCCACGGAGGUUUAACGUAAACAUAAUUUUGGCCAUUGUAACAGAGUUUCCACCAUACAAUAAGGUGUGAUUUUUAAAAAAGGCCCCAAAUGUCUCCGCCGAGAACUGGCCUCUCCGCCGACAAAAAAAAUUUUUUUUUGCUCAGUACAAAACCGCCCGAUAUCAAGUUUUAGAAUCAAAAAGAAUUUCUGCGAUAACUCCCAAGAGCUCAAAGAUAUUCGCAAUUAGUUUCUGCCAAAUUUCUUGAAACACCCUGUAGUAAAGAAAAAUAGGUCACAUCUAAUAGCGAAUUUAGGUUUUUUACUUCUUCUCAAUUUUCGGGCCGGCCCGGGCCGGGCCGCGGGCUGGGCCGGGCCGGGCCGAAGAAAAAUUGAAACGGGCCGGGCCGGGCCGACCUCUUCCGGCCCACGGGCCGGGCCGCGAUUUUCGGCCCGGGCCGGCCCGAGAGCCAAGUCUACUUUGACCUCCUCCAAAACGGAUUCUUUGUCGGGAGUCUUUUGUGGAAAUAAAUUUUUAAGUCCGUCCUCGCCUCUUUCUUUUUUUUUGCAAAACACUUUGGUUUAUUGAGUGAAAAUGGCGGUUUAGAGACGGGUUUGGCAACGGAAAAGGCACUGGGAAAGUUUGCAUUCGGCUUCUGGGACUAAAUGGAGAACAAAUUUGGGGAUCUUUUUGUGGAAAAUUUGAGAUUUUUAUGGGGAAAAAGUUGGAAAUUUGCAAGAUUUUUGAUUGAAACAUCGAGAAUUUUGCCAAGAAAAAGUAAUUUUUGUAGAUUUUUUGGCAAAAAUUUUCGAUUUGCCCUCCAAAAAUCUUGAUCAAACCCCUUUUGGUGCGCCUCCUUUAUUUCCAGUUGCACCUGACCUUUCCCUUUUUUACCUACGCUACCAUUUUCGGUAUGAUUUAUGCGGAACAAAAAUCAAAUUUGCAUUAAAGGCCCUAGUGUUUGCCCAGAACAAUAAACUGAAUCGAUCCCAUAGAAUCCUUUGCGCCAUAAAUUUUUGUUAGCACUCUUCUUGAGCCCUCAACCAGCCAAAAAUUAUUUACAGUAAAAUUGUUUUGUUGCAAAAGUCUUGAACGUUUGAGAAAAAGUUUUUGCUAGCCCUUCGCCAGACGUUGUAAAGAGUUUUUCCCGUCUCUGGACCCUCCAAGGAUGGUGUGCUGCCUCCCGGAAAAUUCUCGUUCUCUGGUAAUCCCUUUGUGCGGACGCCCAAAUUUGGUAAUCCGCCCCUCAAAAUGUUGUCCAUCCCGGCGCGGCACAAGGUUUGGAGCGUCUUUAUUGCGCCGGAAAUGUUCGACAAAACGCAAUUAUGUUUGGUUCCCGGCAAUGUUAUAGUAGGUUGCUUAAUUAGACCGCGAAGUGACCAACUGGUGUCGGCCAGGACCAGGGUUUAAAUGGUUUAUGCUUCGAGGAUGCUGCUUUAAGAGGCUUAAAUGCGAUGGGUUGGGGAAAGGCUGUUGUUUUAACUAAUGAGCUUUGAUUUUUUGCUGGAAUUAGGAUGAUUUUUGAUUAUUUACUUUUUGUGAUGACACAAAAAGUAAAUUUUUGGAUUGAUCCUAGUAAAUAUAGCAAGAAUAAUUCUGCAUAGGCCCCAUUGACUCAAUAACCGCCUACGUCUCCCAGAAUUCCACUUUUUGCCCUUUCAAAUUGCCUGUUUUUACAAGUUUCGGCCAUUUCCGGUGGUCAAAGGAAGGGAUUUGCCGAUUUUCACAGCUUUCUUUCUUCUGUGUUGCCGAAGGUUUUUGUGUUUGUAGAUGCGGAACGACCUCUCUGAGUGACCAGAUUAGCCGACGUUUUCAAGUUUAGUGGGUUGAACGACCGGAAAAUUACAUUUUAUGACAAGAAAUGGAAAAUAAUCUAAUUUUUGAAAUUUUUUUGUGAAUUUUAGUCCUGUUUUUUGUUUUUGGUGAGGUUGAUGUGUUCCAUAAUCUGAGAUCGUUGGCCUUGGUCGCUCGUAUCGAAAAUUUCGAAAACCUUCGGCAACAAAGAAGAAGGCUGUGAAAGUCGGCAAAUUCUUUCCUUUGACCACCGGAAAUGACCGAAACUUGUAAAAACAAGCAGUUUGAAAUGGGAAAAAAGUGGAAUUCUGGGAGAUGCAGGUGGUCAGCGGGUCAUUGAAGCUGUCUGAGGAAAAGUUUGUGGCUCUCUUUUUUGUGAGGGCAAUGUCUUCAAAACGAAGUUUUUUCAUUUGGAGAGGGAGGCACUUUGCCACAUUUUUGAUCCUUCCCGGAUGCAAAAUGGUAUGUUUUUUGCCACUGGAUCAGGUCCCCACUGUACAAAGGUUUCAUUGCGUUGUACAUGAAAGGCCGACCUCCUCGCACUCGCUUGACCCAGGCCCCCAUUCAAAGGGUCGAGUGAUGGGUGCGGCAUGUCAUCGCCCCCCUCUCUCCUUUCCUUUGUCACCACUCUCGGCACCUUUUUCCCAACUCCCGCAGCGCCCCCAGUUCACUGGGUUAGGGGGCGAGUGCGAAACGGAAGUGCGUUCAGAAACCCACAGCGCUCACCACAACCCGGGUUUUUGUUUAAAGUGGCAUUUGGCUGCGUAAAGUGGCAGCUCUGGCUACAUUUUUACGAAGAGUCGACUGAGAUGGGUCUGAUAGAUUGGUGAUGAGGGAUGGGAAAUUGUUUUUGACACCUUUUUGGCAGGAAAUUUGCAUUUUUUGGCGGAACUGCGGAGUUUUUGGGAAAUUUUUGGUAUUUUGAGGGGCUUUUAUUGCCUUUUAUGGCAUUUGAUGGUUAUAAAAUUAAUCAAAAAGUAUGCGACAAAGGUUUUUCCAUAAUUUCACCCCUCACUACCCUCGUUUUCUCCUUUGACUUUGGGCUCUGAAGCCGGGAAAAGUUUCGAAUUUAUGACACUGACCCUUCCUUUCUCUCCUCUCAUCGCUGACCAUUCGAAAGCCAGCGCUUGAGAGCAGGGAUCGGAUUACUUUCUCUUUUUUUCAGCUGGGAAAUGGGAAAACUGACAGUUUGCGCUAAUUAGUAAAACAAGUCUUGAGGAGAAUCGAAGCCUCAGAAAGCCGUAAAACCCCUCCGUCUCAGGUUGGUUGAGAACCAUAUCUCGGGUUCGCGGAGCUGCUCUUGUCUCCGGCGAGCAGCAAGGACAAGGUAAUUAAAAUUGGGCCGACCUUUUAAUACUCUUUUUCUUUGUGGACAUUACACUAGAAAGGCGAAGAUUAGGGUGGUUUCGCGAAAUUAGAAGGGUUUCGUUUGGCUUUUGGCCGUUUAUUAGUGUCGGCUCAGCGGAUUCGAGGAAGGACAGGAAAGGAUAUUCAGUGGGUUGGAGGCAAAUUUGUGUUAUUUUAGGCAUCAGUUCGAACCCGUUGGGAGAUUUGGCAUUUUUGGCUAUUUUUGAGUGUGUUUCUCGGUUGUGUUGCGCAUAUUAUGGCAUCUAAUAUCCUGUGUUGGUCACAUGAUAUUAGAAUUUACCGAGAAUUGGACCGUUCGGAACUAAAAUUAUAUUAAUUUAGUCAUCAGGUGGGCUCUUUUCAAAAAAAUUUUUUUUGAAAUGUUACUACUCCCGAAUCCGGUUAUAAUUCAAAAUGAAACCCCCAAAACGCUUGGCUCUCUGACAUUCGGUUUGAAACAAAAAAUGGUCCUUCAAUAAAGAGAAAUUUCCAUCCCGAAAUUCCUGACCGCUUUUCCAUCUCAUUUCCUGAAGGCUUGAAAGGGUCAGUCAGCGGAACAAAGCGAGCCUUUUUGGAAUAAUAUUUAUGGCAAAGAUUAUUCUCGAUAUUUAUGGAUCAUCCGUCACGUCCACUUUACUGGUUUUUAUUCGAAAAUGCCCAAGAAUUAUUGGAAUUCAGAAUAAGAUUUGAGAUUUUUGUCUUUUUUUUCCACAAAAAAAUUACUCCCCUCUCGCUAAAUGACCACCCGAUGUAAAUUUGACGCCGGAUUCGGCCUUCUUCCGCCCCUUCUUUCCUCGCGUCUCCAGCGGAAUUAAGCUGUGCGCAAGUUUUGGGAAAACAGUAAUUGGAUUUGUUUUGCGAGAAAAGUUGAGGCGAGAUUUUGCCUCCCAACGUCUAUUAGAUGCAAUUUAUGGGCUUUGAAGCGCUUGUACGACGAGUUAGAGGAAUGUUUUUGGGUGAUAAAGUAGAGUAAAGUCGAUUUGAAUCGAGCUUUGGUAUCUGAUUAUAUUGUACAUGCUAUAAUUGGUAGAAAGGCAAGAUAACAAAGAAGUUUUUGUUAUCUUGCGAUUGCUUCUGACUGUACAAGGUCUAGGUUGCGCAAUAGAGCGGGCAAACGACAUGCCGCAGAUGGGAAACGCGUCCGCUCGCAACUGGUAUCUUUACCUUGUGUGAUGUCGCUAAAGGUAAAAAGACGAGAAGUUUUGAGGGCAUAGAGGAUAUGAGGGAUUUAGAUAAGAUUUUUAGACGAUAUAUAGGAGUUUGGUUUCAUUGGAAAAUAAUUGAGACUCAUUUUUAGACACAUUUUAUAUUGUAGUAGGUAUCAACUUUUAGAAAAUUUUUGAUUUUUUAAUACUGAGAUAUCAAUGGUUUUUGUAGUUUAUGCAAAUUUUAGGGCCCAUUGUUUCUUUUAGUCUAGACUGCCGCUGCUUUUGAACCUCCCAUCCAAAACAAUAGUAUCAAAACUCCAGUCACCGGAUGAGUAAUUGGAGGGAAAAUUUUGAUCGGACCCGAAGAUAAGAUGGCAAGUGAGCGCGUCACUCCACCGAAGGUCGAGUGAGGAAAAGGGAACCGGGCUUUAUGGAUACCUGCGUUUCAUUUUCAAAGCCGCGCCGGUGUUUACACUCGAUGCCAAUUCGGAGUCUUUAAUGAGCCGUUUUUUCGCUGGAAAAGCAUCUUGGAAUGUUGAAUCAGCCUUCUGAAUUGAUUGUAAUGGGUUUCUUGAGUGUUUUGGAGGUCGAUUGGGGUUGGGUUUAUAUUGUAGUAGGUGGAAGUUGACAAAAAUAAUAUUUUUUUCAAUUAGAAUAUUGGAUUUUAUUAUGAUUUUAUUUAUUAUUUUUCUUGUGAGAAAAUUAUGACAAAUGCCUUUGUUUUUAUUCUUUGCCAAGUGCAUGGCCGAAUAUAGAAAAUAACAAGGAUUUUGGUCUCUUUUCUUCCGACCUUAGAAUAGGACGAAAAUAUAAACAACCUCCGUUUCGUCUUGCUCCCUUUACCACAUUUUGUAUUCUAAAAUAUCGGAAAUGAAGUGUUCAAAAGGAUUUUUUUUCGAUUUUCGAUACUAAAGUGGUUUUUAUAAGCGAAUUUUGAGGGUUUUUUUAUAUUGUUCUAGAUAGUAUAGAUUUUGUUAGAGGGAAAUAAAAUUAGAUAGGGAAGUAGAGAGCUUGCAUCCGACGUUACUUUUGCGGCCUCCGAAAGUAGUGUUAAAACAAUUUAUCGAGCCUGAGGAGUCAAGUGUCCGGCCUCAUGCAAGCUUAAGAAGCGCAAUGCUUUGAAAAACGCGAGAACAAAUUUUGAAAACAAGUCGGAUUUACACUACUUUUGAAUAAAAAGAAGCGUAAAUUUGACUAUUUUUGAAAGUGUUCUACGAACCAAAAACGUCUGUAAAACGGUUUCUAAUCAAAAAAUUGCAAAUGCUCCCUUUAAAGUUACGGAAAGAUCCAUGUGGAAAAAAGCGUCCAAAUGCAUCCUGGAGGCAGGAAAUUGCAUUCUUUUGCAUCCCAUCUCUGAGUAAAAAGAGAGGGAUGCAAAUGAAUGCAAUUUACUGCCUCCAGGAUGCAUUUGGAUGAGUUUUUGCCUCAUGAUCUUAUCCGUGACUUUAAUAAAGGGAACCUAUGCAAUUUUUUGAUUAGAAAUUGUUUUACAGACGUUUUUGGUUGGAGGAAAAUAUUGGAAAUCGUAUUGGUUUCCGCACUGUGCACUCUCUUCCCAAAUUACCCCCGUCAGUGUCGUCAAGGUUACAUAACCGUCAAAUUCAGCUCGCACGCGAUCUCCCUCAUUAUUCUACUCGAAUAUAUCCAACCUAAUAUGGCUCUUCAAGCGUAUAUCUGAAUUGAAUAAUAAUUUUUUUGGGAUUUUUGUGGAGAAUUGGGCGGGUUUUGUCGUUAGCAAUAGAGAAAUCUUUAUAUUUUCGGCGGGUUUUCUAAAUUUUUUGAAGGAUUAUGUGAGGUAAUGUGGUUUGAAUGUCCGAUAAAGGGAUUUGACAAAAUUUCGGGCUAUUUUGUUAAUGAAAAUUAGAGGAAAAAUUUUUCAAAAAAUCCUCGGCUUUGAGGGCUUUUUUGGGUCCUCAAAUAACAAGUGCAAUGUCCAUUCGAAGCCACUUGACAAGUGGCUAAUAAUGGCGUUAAUGGGCCCCUCUUUUGUUUGAAAAGGCAUUGGGAUGCCAAUUUGGGGGAUAGAAUGGAAUUUCGAAAGGAUUUUUCUUUGCUUUGUCAUGGGUAAUAUAGAAAAAAUUUGAAUUUUGAGAUUUUUGUCGGUAUUUUUACUUGCUGUUAUGGUGGUUGAUAUUAGAAAGGAGUUGCCGGAAUUUUCAUUGUAGUUUUCACAAUUUUUUAAGCAUUUUUUCAAGUGUGAUAUCGAGGAAUUUUUUAAAUUUUGCUUUUUUUAAAAUGUUUGGUCGAUUUCAUUAAAAUAUUUCAUUUUCAGCAAAGAGGACGCUGGAAAUUACACUUGCCAAGUGGAAUCAGCCUACGGAUACAAUUCGUGGAGCGGUUAUCUUCAAGUUGAAGGUACGGUUAUCAAAUAUAAAAAAAAAAUUUCAGUUUUGGGUGUUUUUCUGUCACUUUCUUAAUUGAUUUGUAUAGUACAAAUAUAGAACCAACGUACUAAAGCAGUGCAAAUAGUAUUAAACACUUUUUUUGUUGUACUUUACCCCACUUUUCGGCCGCUUUUCCCCCUUUGAUUAAUGGGUUUAUUGAGCCCUCGGGGCGUUUGGUAAAACUUUUGCUAGCUCUUGGAGAAGCUGCAGAUUAAUCUGUUUUGCGAUUAGGGCCAUAUCGAAUAUCAAACGGAGUGAUUGAUGGAGGUUUUCAAAUUUGUUUUUUUUUCGAUUUGAUUGCUCUGGAUUUUGGGAAAUUUUUUGAAAUCUUUGAUAAUUGGAGUAAAACUAAAGGUUAAUAUUUAAUUUUCAGAACACACAAACCCAUCCGCCGUCUUCGAAAGAAUGCCCGACCGAUCCCAACUCCCGGCCGCUCCCUCCCAGCCCAGAGUCAACGUUCGUCGGCCGAACCAAAUUGACAUCGAAUGGGACCCACCCACAAAUCAUGGCGCCUCUCCAGUAACACAUUACACUCUCCAAUAUUGGAAUCCAACACCAGGAUCGAAAACUGUAAGUAGUUUUUAAUUUUUUGUUGAUUUUAUUGAAAUUGAAGGCUAGUGCAAUAUAAUUUUUGUUCGGAAAGUGGACGAAAAUUUAAUUGUGGGUGUUUACGGAAAUUUAUUGUCGUAUUUUACGCUUUAUUUUUUUUAAUUUCAUGAAAAAAAUGUUUUUUUUUUGAUCAAAGGUGUCUAGUGUAAUAUAAAAUUUUAAUUUUUUUUGCCAAAACAUGUUAUUGAUUAUUCGAGUUUGCGUAUUUUACAAAUCGAUUUAGAGUUUUGCUGCUUAAAAUAUAUUUUAUUUUUAAUUUUUUAAUUUAUGAUUUUUUUGAUAUUGAUUUACAAAAUUUCAGACCUGGACCACCGUUAAUGACCGAAUUAACGGCCUGAAGUACAGGUUGGUCGGUGUGCAGCCAGGACAGCAAUACUUCUUCAUCGUCCGCGCCAACAACGCCCUUGGAAUGGGCGAGCCGUCGCCCAUGAGUCAAAUGGCCCUUACUUAUGCCGGUGAGUAAUCGGGAUUUUUACAGGGUUUUUUGUGGAGUGUGGGGAUUAUUUUUUGAUGGUUUUUGGAAGAAAAAUCUGAGUUUUUUGAUUUUUUGAAAAUCAUUUUUUUUUUGGUGGCAUUACUUUAGGUGAUAUUUAUUUUUUUAUUUCACUAAAUUUUCCUCUUAAAAAUUAUUUUUUAAUGAUUUUAUGGGAAAAAUUUUGAGUUUUGGAGUUUUUUGAAAUUGAUUUUUGGGUGACAUUACUUUAGGUGAUACUUUUUUUUUUUUUUUUUUAAUAUUUUCCUCAAUUUCAGAUCAAGAACCGAAGGAAUCGAGCACUCCGGAGACCACCGUCACCCUCCAAAAGCCAGUCCGCCUCACCCACGCCAAGACGAUCAAUUCGAGCACCGCCUUGCUCACCUGGACCAACGGCGAAGGCCUCAACAACGACGGCUUCUACCUGACGUGGCGCGGCCCACCGCUCGCCAACGGCGAGACCAUCAUGAAUAUCACGGAGCCGAAGGUGUCGUCGGUCCUCGUGAACGGCCUGAAGCCCUAUUCCACGUACGAUUUCUUCCUGAUCCCCUACAAGAACUCGAUGAACCUCUCGCCCUCGAAUUCCAUCGAACUCCGAACCCCCGAAGGCAUCCCCGACCCACCCAGAAAUGUAUUCGCACGAAUGGAAAACCUGACUAGUGUGUUGAUCUCGUUCGGCCCACCAGCCGAGAUCCGCGGCAUUCUGAAGGGAUUCGACAUCCAAUUCCGCGACAACUCCUCGGAAAAUGUGAAUACCAUCCGAACCAGGGCCAAUGCCCGCUCAGUAACGCUCAGAAAUCUGGCCCCGAACAGAAGCUAUCAAGCCCAUGUGGCCGCUUUGAACGGGGAAGGACGCAGCGAAUAUGUGAGCACCGAGUUGUUCACCAUGAGUAAGUGAUAUUAUCCAUGAGAUUUUGGAUGUUUUUGUGGGUUUUUGGGGCUUUUAUGGGAGGAAAUGUGGUUUUUCUGUAGAUUUGAGGCAUUUGAUGAGUGUUGACAAUAAUUUCUGACCUUAUUUUAGACGAAGCGACCCUCCAAAGACACCAUCAACUCUAUGGAAGACAUGAAACCGCUGUGUCGCCGUGGAAAAUCGGCGCCGGAGCCGGCUUCCUCGCCCUGUUCCUGGCGCUCGGCGCGAUCCUCGCCUUCUGCUGGUGCCGCUACGGCGGCGGCAAGAAGCGCAAGAACUCGCUCCGCCAUCGCCCCCCAUCCACCGACUUCAUCAAGAUCAACGACGGCUCCGUGGCGACGGGCCGCGAGGAGUACUGGCCCGAGUCCGCCAUGCCCUUCCACAUCCCCCCACCGCCACCACCGCCCAACGGCCUGGCCCACCAAUGCAGCGGAAUGACCGUCCACAGCCACAUGGCCAACAUGAACGGCCAGAUGAACAUGUCGUCGCCGCGCUCCGCCCACUACUUCCACCACCAUCCCUGCUGCGCCCCCAUGAUGAACGCGUACGGAACGACGGUCCGGCCCCACUAUGCCGGCCCCUAUUGUGCGGGAUCGUCGACUUUGGGAAGGGAAGAGGGCCAAUAUCAUUAUGCUGUACUCCCUCCCACCAGCACUCUCCCACACCACGCCAUAAUGCAUUAUGAAGAUGACCCAAGCCCUUAUGCUUCGACUACGGUGACUAGCAGCGGCUAUGGCCCCCCAGUCCCAUCGAAUCCGCCCCCAAUGUUCAUCCCCCAACAGCUGCAGCAGAACUUCCCACCGAACGGAUCGAUCCGAAGAACCGCGACGCAACCAGCGCAAAGCAACAAUAGCUCGGCGAAUUUGCAAGGACGAAGAACACCGAGGACCAAUCCUCACUUUUUCAAUGACGUCCCGGCCCCAGCCCCCCAACAGGACAUGGAAUUGGGCCGCAUCUUGGCACAGGUCCCUCCACCCCCCACCCAGACUUAUGACUCGGUCACGGAGGACUUUAUGAACGUCCCGAAGGAGGAAGGAAACAAAGACUUGCCGAACAGGACAACCAAUUCGAGAAGCCCGCCGAGAUCGAGGAAUGGUAAGGAUUUUUGGAGACUUUUGGGGACUUUGAUAUUGCACUAGGUAGAUAAGAGUGAGUAUGUUUUUUCUAGUUGAAAUUUCGAUAAUUUUGAAGUCAAUGGUUUUGAAAAUGGAUUUAAUUUGUAUAAAUUGGGUUUUAAAAAAUAAAAAAAUUAAUUCUAUACGGUGGAUACUUUUUGAGGUUUUUUGAAGCAUUUUUUUUAUUUUUGAGUCAUUCGUUCUAAGGGUUUAAUUUGUAUUAAUUGGGUCUUAAGAAAUAAAAAAAAAUUCUGUAUAACGCGGUGGAUACUUUUUGAGGUUUUUUGAAGCAUUUUUUUAUUUUUGAGUCAUGCGUUCUAACUAGGGAAGUGUACAAACGAACCCUCACCAAAUGGCAAGUGUUAUACACCAUUAGAAAGCCCUUGAAAAAUGGUGAAAGGUACCAUUUUCAUUUUUUGCAGAAUGCCUCAGGGCAAAAAAUUAUAAACGGUUGAUUUUUCCCCUAAGUAGCUACAAUAUCUGCUGUGGGGCAAAAUAAAUCUUAUUUCAAAACGCUAGAUGGUACAUAUUGCUAUUAGCUUGGCCUAAGAAUCAUUAUGAAGUUUGGCGCUUGCCAGUAAAACCAUUUUACAUAUGAUAUUUACUGGUUUUAAAUACCCAUAACGUGAAAAAACACUUUUCACUUUUUUUAAUCUUGAAAAACUUGUAAGUUUGAUGAUUUUAACCGUAAUCGACCGGUUUCUAGAAAAAUUAAUGCGUUUGUAAAAGUUUAACUCAAAUAUUUUCCUAACUGUAAGAACGCAAAAUGUUUUUGCCCAAGCUGGGAAUCGAACCUAGCUUGGUUUGGCUUGUCAGCCUGCUCAGCAACCACUGCACUAUUCAAGCAACUCUGUUCGAGGAUUUUUAUCCGCUCAAGAGAAGGAAAGAUUUUUGUUGCGAAAUGACCUAAAAAUAAUAUAAUUUACAGUGUGUCGUCGCGGAAAGGCAUUCUGCAAAAAAUGAAAAUGGUACCUUUCACCAUUUUUCAAGUGCUUUCAAAUGGUGUAUAUCACUUGCCAUUUGGUGAGGGUUCGUUUGUACACUUCCCUAGUAAGGGUUUAAUUUGUAUAAAUUGGGUUUUAAGAAAUAAAAAAAAAUUCUGUAUAACGCGGUGGAUACUUUUUGAGGUUUUUUGAAGCAUUUUUUUUUAUUUUUGAGUCAUUUUUUCUAAUUUUUUGCGCAUUUUCAGGGACAGCCGACCACGAGGAGCGAUUCCUUCUGAAGUGA